AAGCUCGCAACCCUCUCUCCCUCUCAUCCCUACCCAUUUGCCCAUAUACUUUCGUCUUCUUUCCCAUUAAAAUUCUCUUUACAUCUCUCUCUCUCUCUCUCUCUCAAUAGUCAACACAACGAUACAGAACAGAUCAGAGAGAGAGAAUGAAGAUCAAGUGCGAUGUUUGUGAGAGAGAAGAGGCGACUGUGUUUUGCUCCGCCGAUGAAGCCGCCCUGUGCGACGGUUGUGACCGAAGAGUCCACCACGCAAACAAGGUGGCCACCAAACACAUCCGAUUCUCUCUCCUCCACCCUUCUUUCAAAGAAUCCCCUCGCUGUGAUAUCUGCCAGGAGAGACGUGCCUUUCUGUUCUGCCAAGAAGAUAGAGCGAUUCUAUGUAGAGAAUGUGACAUUCCAAUCCACAAAGCAAACGAGCACACCCAGAAACACAACAGGUUUCUUCUCACCGGUGUUCGAAUCUCACCUCCUCCUUCUUCUUCUCCUUAUUCAUACCAAGCUUCAUUGUCCUCCAAAAGCAGUGGUGACGACAUUGUUGCCAAUGACUCCGAGAUCAAAUACUCGGUUUCUAAUAAAUCUUUCUACACUGAUAAUGCAUUGCCUUCAACAUCAAUACCCAGUAGAGUUGAUGAAGAUCGGUGUAUGAAUAGUAGCCAAGAACGAUCGGUGUCAACAAGUAGCAUAUCGGAGUACUUGAUGGAGACAUUACCAGGAUGGCGCGUCGAUGACUUCCUUGAUCCUUCAUGUUUUCCCCAUGGUUUCUGCGAGAAUUAUGAUAAUGAGUUGAGGCUUUGGGAUCAUGGUUUUGAAAGCAAUCUGUAUCCUUUAUCAGGAGAUUCUGAUAGUAGGCCACUUCAAUCUCCACCUCAAUCUUCUCAUACUCCUCAAUGUCUACCCCAAACUAAUGUGAUCAAUUCACUACUAAAGAAGUCUGAUGAAUCACAAAAUGUGAUGAAAGUUGGCAUGAAGAAAUGGAGUGAAGAUGGUUUUACAGUUCCUCAGAUCAGCCCUUCUUUCAAGAAAUCGAGACAUUUUUGGUAGAAGAAUAUCUGGUCUUCUAUUUGAACAUAAACUAAUCACAUACGAGAGGGACUUAUAAAAAGUUGAAGCCCGUCUUAUGAAAAGGUUUGUCAUGAUCGGUUUAUGUGAUUUUAAACUUUUUCAAGAAAUAUAUUGCAAGAUCGAACGCUAUAUGUAUUAAUUAAUGUACUAAUUAGUAUAUUAAUAGAUGAUGUGAUAUAAUUUUAAAGAUUUUUUAUAUUUGUAAUUUGUAUAAUAAGUGAGAUCAGUAAUAAUGGUAUAAUACUAGUUGGUUCGCUAAUA